AUGAAGCUCAUCUCUGUCACGAGCGCCCUGCUCGUUGCCAACGUCGCUCUUGGAGCCCGCUUCACGGAAAAACGCCGCAACAGAGCUGUCGAGCGUGGUGCUACCGUCCGUCCCGGCCAGAGCCUCCCCAAGAUCCCCUCGGAUGGCCCUGCCGCUCAGAUCGCCAAGCAGAACAACUCGGCCAACGUGGAGUACAGUAACAACUGGGCUGGCGCUGUUCUCAUCGGCACCGACUACACGUCCGUCACCGGCACCUUUGUCGUUCCCACGCCCAAGGAGCCCACCGGCGCCAGCAGCGACACGCAGUACUCUGCUUCGGCCUGGGUCGGCAUCGACGGCAAUACCGCUCAAAACUCCAUUCUCCAGACCGGCGUCGACUUUUAUGUCGAGGACGGCCAGACCUCGUUCGACGCCUGGUACGAAUGGUAUCCCGAGAGUGCCUACACCUUUUCUGGCUUCGGCAUCUCGGCUGGUGACACCAUCAAGCUCACGAUCACGGCCACGAGCUUGACUUCCGGUACAGCUCUUAUCGAGAACGAGUCCAGUGGUAAGUCGGUCUCGCACUCGUUCUCCAGCGAGGAAUACGCCCUGGAGGAGCUCAAUGCCGAGUGGAUCGUCGAGGACUAUGAGAGCAACUUCGGCCAGGUGCCCCUUGCCAACUUCGGCACCGUGAUCUUUACCGACACCAAGGCCAUCUCUGGCAGCAGCUCCGUUGGGCCUUCUGGUGCCACCCUGAUUGAUCUGGAGCAGAACGGCGAGGUCCUGACUUCCGUGUCUGUGUCUGGCGAUGAAGUCAUCAUCAAAUAUAUCUAA